UGGACAGUAAUAGAUAGAAAACAUAUUAAAUUGAAAUUUUGUUGCCUAUACUUUGCCCAAACAACAUGAAUGCAAGAUUAAAUGGAUUUCUGGUGAAUGAAUUCCCAAAAUACAUCGUUUUCUUACUCUGGCUUGGCCUCAAUGGUUUUUUGUUUGGCUACUACUACAAUUUCUACAACACGAAAAAGACAUUUUUCUACACUCGUGUUUUACUUGGGCCAGCUUUAGCUCUUGCCACUCCAGCGGCGUGCUUGAACCUCAACUGCUUGCUUGUCUUACUACCAGUCUGUAGGAAUCUGCUGUCUCUGUUUAGAAAAGCAUGUAUGUGUUGCCCACGUCGAAUUCGAAGGGUUUUGGAUAAAAACAUAAAGUUUCACAGAAUGUGUGCUUAUAUGAUUGUCCUCAUGACAUUGAUCCAUUACUUUGCCCACUGUUUUAAUGUGGAUUUUUUCACCUCUGCUUAUCAAUCGAAAAUCUUGGCUACGGACACUCCAGCUAUUAUACAACAGAAGAAACUAAUAGCAAAGCUAAUUCAGAUUGGAAAUAAUGGCAAUGAAACAUACUUAAAUCCCAUCAGGAAAAGCGUUUUUUCAGUUGGUGCUGUGUUCCUACUAACUGGUGGUUGGACCGGCGUUAUUAUAACUCUCAGUCUUUUCUUUAUGGUUACGUCGUCCCUAGAAUUUAUUCGGAGAUCAUAUUUUGAAGUAUUUUGGUUCACACACCACUUGUUUAUUGUUUUCUAUGGAUUUCUUGUCGUGCACGGGAUAUCAAUGCAGGUCAGGGGUCAAACCCCCCAAAGUUUAACAGUUCAUGACCCCAUUCGAUGCAGCACCAUAGACCCCGCCACAUGGUCCCAGAAUAAUUGCCCCACCCCAGUUUUUGCCGGCAGUCCCCCAAUGACAUGGAAAUGGGUGAUAGCUCCAAUGGUAUUAUACGUAAUUGAACGCAUAAUACGACUUGUACGAUUUAACCAGCAAGUAGAAGUUUUAAAGGUUAUAAAACACCCUUCUCGUGUGCUAGAAAUACAAAUGAGAAAAAAUGGAUUUUUUGCAGAAGUUGGCCAGUAUGUGUUUAUAAUGUGUCCCCAGUUAUCUCAACUUGAGUGGCAUCCUUUUACUCUUACAUCUGCACCAGAAGAAGAUUACUUCAGCAUCCAUGUACGUAUUGUAGGUGAUUGGACAACUGGUUUGAGUAAAGUACUUGGAGCUGAUGAAGCUGGCAAUGAGGUUCAGCCCUCAUGGAAAAUGCCAAGGCUUGCAAUAGAUGGUCCUUUUGGUACAGCCAGUGAGGAUGUAUUUAACUAUCCUGUUGCUAUUUGUGUGGGUUCUGGUAUUGGUGUGACUCCAUUUGCAUCCCUGCUUAAGUCAGUGUGGUAUAAAAACUUAAACCCAGAGCACGAAAUGGUUUUGAAAAAAGUUUAUUUUUUCUGGAUUUGCCCCGAAACUCAUGCUUUCGAGUGGUUUGGUGAUCUGCUUAAGUACUUGGAGAGACAGCUGACUGAGAUUGGCCGACAGGACUUGAUCGAGUAUCAUAUUUACUUGACAAGGGGUUGGGACCAUAAGCAGGCCAAAGCAAUCUAUGCACAUGAAGAAGACACCCAUGAUGUUAUAACUGGACUUGAGCAGAAAACAAACUAUGGAAGACCAAACUGGGACGAAAUAUUCAGUAAAACUGCACGUGAUUACCCCAAUACCCAUAUUGGGGUAUUUUUCUGUGGGGUAGCUGCUCUUUCCGCAAAACUCCACAAAAUGAGCAACAAGCAUUCAGGAGGUGGUGUCUACUUCCAUUAUAACAAGGAAAACUUCUAAACACCCUGCUACAUUAUCAAUUCAAACUGCCGACACUGCAAGGCACAAGUCAUACAAAUUCACAACCAUUUUUUGUGGGAUAAUAUUUUACAGAUUUAGGUUUUUAUCAGUAAAAUAGCUUUUCUGUAUGCUUUCAUACACUACUACCACAAACCUUUACAUUUUAAAUCCCAAUGCCCAAAAUUUUGCCAUUCCUUUUGCACUCAUGUUUUAAACAAUUAUAAUGAGUUAUUGCCUCAAAUUUGUAAAUUUUGUUGAAAUUAUUUCUGUUACAUAUACAGUAUUUUAAAUUUACACAAGUGUAAAAUUUCAGGGAAUUAUAUUUUACAGUAUCUUUUAAAUAUUUCAUGCAUUUUUUUUCACAUAGUUUUCUGUUUAUAUUUCACAUGAUUUUAAUAUCAUUAUCGUUUCAUGAUGUGCCUUAACUAGAAAUAUUAUAAUCAACUUAUACUAAUUCUGUGUUUACCCAACGGCAAUUACAUAUUCUUAUUAUUCUGGUACUUAUUGCUAAAUUUGUUAUGUUGCCCAAAUAUUGCCCAAAUUUUUACUAAAAUUGCAUACAUUGCGUACUAUUAUUGCCAGAAAAGUGAUUCAUGUGUAAAAAUCUAUAAAAUAUCUAUUAUUUUUCAUACUAUGUCAAAUUAGGAAGCAUUUUUGAUGUAAUUUUGUCCGAAA